ACACAUACACAGACUGCUACGGCCCCCUGUCCACACUAAUCACAGGGACUCGGUGUGUGUGUGUGUGUGUGUGACGUAUGUGUUUGUGUGUGCUCCUGGCUGCAGCACAGCAGUGAGGAUAUGUAGCUUCCUGUGCGCUGCUAGGCAGCCCCAGCUUAUUCUGCCGCAUGCCGCUUACCGCCACCAUUACGCAGAGGAAUUCCCUGCUGUCUCCGCCGCUGCUGCUGCUGCUCACACAGAGUGUCUGUUAAAGAGGGGAGAGAGGAGGAGAGGAGACAUGCAGCGAAGCGACAUUGACUGAUAGAGGACAGAGACGGAUUUCACUUUGGAUUUUACAUGAAGAUGUGCACUGUUUGUUUACCGGGACGCUCUGUGUUUACGGGAUUGAUUGCUGACCUCUGUGUUCCCGGACUGUGCUCGUAUGUAAGAGGGAACACUGUGUAUUUGUGUGACAGAAUGUGUGAGUGAUCGUGUUAGUGUGUGAGCGUUUGUUCCUGAUGCGGUCAGAGCGGGCUAGCCGUGUGUGUAUCGUGGUGCUUGAGGAGGUGGAGGAGGAUGAGCCCUCUUCUUCGCCCCCACCUCCUCGGCCCAAAUCAUCCCCAGACCGCAGAUCCCAUCAUGCUUCUCGAAGGGCUGCCGCUGCUCAGGAGGACAAGCCAUCUCUGUUAAGAGCCAUCUUCAACCUGGAGCCAGAUGAAGUCCGCUCGCUCAUAUUCAAGAAAGAGGAUGUCAACAUUCAGGACAAUGAAAAGCGAACACCUCUGCAUGCCGCAGCCUACCUGGGAGAUGCUGAGAUCAUCGAACUGCUCAUCCUCUCAGGAGCUAGAGUUAAUGCCAAAGACAACAAGUGGCUGACUCCUCUUCACCGAGCUGUCGCCUCUUGUAGUGAGGAUGCAGUGACAGUGCUGCUGAAGCACAGCGCUGAUGUUAACGCCCGGGACAAAAACUGGCAGACGCCCCUCCAUGUUGCAGCUAGCAACAAGGCAGUACGCUGUGCAGAGGCUUUGGUUCCACUGCUUAGCAAUGUCAACGUUUCUGACCGGGCAGGGCGCACUGCCCUGCACCACGCUGCCUUCAGUGGACAUGUAGAGAUGGUGAAGUUGCUGCUGUCCAGGGGAGCCAACAUCAAUGCAUUUGACAAGAAGGACAGGAGAGCAAUUCACUGGGGAGCCUACAUGGGUCACCUGGAGGUGGUGAAAUUAUUGGUUGCCAGUGGAGCAGAGGUUGAUUGUAAAGAUAAGAAAGCCUACACACCGCUCCAUGCAGCUGCCUCCAGUGGCAUGAGCAGCACAGUGCACUACCUGCUGAGCCUGGGUGUCCACGUCAAUGAGGCAAACGCCUACGGCAACACUCCGCUCCAUUUAGCCUGUUACAAUGGACAGGAUGUGGUGGUCAGUGAGCUCUUAGAUGCAGGGGCUCACGUCAACCAGGUGAAUGAGAGGGGCUUUUCUGCCCUUCACUUUGCCUCCUCUUCACGCCAGGGGGCGCUGUGUCAGGAGCUGUUGUUGGCCCAUGGAGCUCACAUCAAUAUGAGGAGUAAGGAUGGUAAGACCCCCCUCCACAUGGCAGCUACCCAUGGAAGGUUCUCCUGCUCCCAGGCUCUCAUUCAAAAUGGAGCUGACAUUGACUGUGAGGAUAAGAGCAGGAAUACUGCUCUCCACAUUGCUGCCCGCUAUGGCCAUGAGCUCAUCAUCACAGCACUCAUCAAACACGGAGCCAACAGCGCCAAGAGAGGCAUUCAUGGGAUGUUCCCUCUACACCUGGCAGCUCUCAGUGGCUUCUCAGAUUGCUGCAGGAAGCUGCUGUCCUCAGGGUUUGACAUAGACACCCCUGAUGACUUUGGAAGGACUUGUCUACAUGCUGCUGCAGCUGGAGGGAACCUUGAGUGUCUGAAUCUGCUGUUAAACAUUGGAGCAGACUUUAACAGGAAAGACAACUUUGGAAGGACUCCACUACACUAUGCAUCAGCCAACUGUAACUAUCAGUGUGUGUUUGCCUUGGUGGGCUCUGGAGCAAGCGUCAAUGAGCGGGACCAGAGAGGUUGCAGCUCCCUGCACUACGCCGCUGCAGCUGACACUGAUGCAAAGUGUGUGGAGUACUUGUUGAGGAACGAUGCAGAUCCAGGAGUGAGAGACAAACAGGGUUACACCGCGGUGCACUAUGCCUCAGCCUACGGACGCACACUCUGCCUUGAACUGAUGGCGAGUGAGACUCCUCUUGAUGUGUUAAUGGAGACAUCAGGAACAGACAUCCUGAAUGACUCAGAGAGCCAGGCCCCCAUCAGUCCACUCCACCUUGCGGCUUAUCAUGGACACUGCAGCGCUUUGGAGGUUCUUUUGUCGUCUCUGCUGGAGGUGGAUGUUUGCAGCCCAGAGGGUCGAACCCCCCUCAGCCUGGCCUGCUCCAAGGGCCAUCAAGAGUGUGUCUCCCUGCUGCUUCACCAUGGCUCCUCACCCAUGACCUGUGACUACACACACAAAAAGACAGCCCUGCAUGCUGCAGCUUCGAAUGGCCACCCAGAGUGCCUGCGCCUGCUCUUGAGCAACAACCAACACAUUAAUAUUGACGCACAGGACACCAACGGACAGACACCUUUAAUGUUGGCUGUACUAAACGGACACACAGAGUGUGUGUACUCUCUACUCAGUCAGGGAGCCAGUGUAGAGAAUCAGGACCGCUGGGGGAGGACGGCACUACACCGAGGGGCUGUGACAGGACAGGAUGAGUGUGUAGAGGCCCUUCUACAGCGGGGGGCCAGUGUGUGCGUCAGAGACAUCCGAGGCCGCUCCCCGCUUCACCUGGCAUCUGCUUGUGGCCGUGUGGGUGCUCUGGGUUUUCUGCUUCAGGCCAUGAGCACCUCACAUGUUCACACCCAUCUCACUGACAACCAGGGCUACACACCUCUCCACUGGGCCUGUUACAAUGGUUAUGAUGCUUGUGUGGAGGUGCUGUUAGACCAGGAUAUGUUUAAGAAGACCAAGGGCAACUCCUUCAGUCCCCUGCACUGUGCUGUUAUGAAUGACAACGAAGGAGUGGCUGAGAUGUUAAUCGACUCAAUGGGCACAGCUAUUGUCAACUGCACUGACUCCAAGGGCAGGACCCCACUUCAUGCUGCAGCUUUUUCCGACCACGUGGAGUGCGUUUCCCUGCUGCUGAGCCACGGAGCUAAGGCAAACAUGGUGGACUCACACUUGAGAAGGACACCUCUGAUGAUGGCAGCUCUCAACGGACAAACUAACACUGUGGAAGUGUUGGUGAGCAGUGCUAAAGCAGACUUGGCUCUACAGGAUGCACAAAGGGACACAGCGUUACAUUUAGCAUGCAGCAAGGGUCACGAGACAAGUGCCUUGUUGAUUCUAGAGAAGGUCAACGACAGGAAUGUCAUCAACUGCACUAAUGCAGCUCUCCAAACACCCCUGCAUGUAGCAGCCAGGAGGGGACUGACAGUGGUGGUCCAGGAGCUGCUGGGGAAAGGAGCUAGUGUGUUAGCAGUGGAUGAGAAUGGUUACACUCCAGCUCUGGCCUGCGCUCCCAACCGAGACGUGGCCGACUGCUUGGCGCUCAUCCUCAACUCCAUGAUGCCUGCCUCCCCUAUGGUCACCAUAGCAGCUCUACCUGCACUUUCUCUAACUCAGACAGUCAUCAACCACCACCCCACAAAUAACCACGUCUCCAAAGGUGUGGCCUUUGACACUCCACCUCCUCUGAGGCCCGACCACGCGUCCUACUGCAGGCCAGAGCGCCCGCUGUCCUCUGUGUCUGCAGACGAUGAACUGAAUGAUUCUGACUCAGAGACGUACUGAGGAUAACUGGACUCAGUGACACAAUACUGGCAGGUUAGCCAGCCACUCAGGAGCCUUAAUAGAUCACUGACAAGAACUUAAAGAAUAUGGAAAGGGAGAAAAAUGAGCCAGUGUGUGAGUUAUUUUUAGAAAGCUUCCUCAAAUCUAAAAAUAACUCUUGUUGUGGGCCAGAUGUUUGUAUCAAUAAGGUGUGUAGUAAUUGGAUGGAGAAAAGUAUUCUAAAAUAUAGAAUCAGAAGAACAUACACUACAAUUCUUUGAGACAGUAUUGUCUUUUUUAAAUUAAUGUUUUUUCUUUUUAAAAUAAGCUUAUGAUCUUAGCUGAUACUUUCUGGAGUGGUUUUAAUCAUUUUCACAGGUUUUCUUUCUACCUUUAGUAGAGAAGCAUCUGGAGAAAAGCUCAGAGGACUUUUUUUUUUUUUUUUUACAUAAACGUCUAAAAAGGAUGGACAAUCUUAUGGGACCAGGAAGCUGAACACUGUUUUUCCCUACUUUUAAGUUUCUUUGAGCGAUCAUUGCAGAUGCUGAUGGCUGUAACUCCUCAUGCACAUUGGGAAUGCUGCCUCUUUGUUUUGAACCACUUUUUAAUUUUAGGGUAGGAAAUAGCUGAAAACUGUUUUUUUCUGAAUGGAGACUGAAUCAUAGGGAGGGCAUUCUGACAGCAGGUGGAUGUAAGACCCAUUUACUGUAUGAUUGGCCAGGAGUGACAAAAUUGACGACGUGAAUGAGCAGCCUAAGGAACUUUUAACUUGCAAUGCUGUAACUACUCAAUGUCUGUGUACUGUACUGGAGACAGGGGAACAUUGCUGACACUGUGUAUAUUCUGUGUGUGUGUAAAAGAGAUAUUGUGUGUGUCUGUGUGUGAGAGAGAUAGAUAAAUAAAUAAUUAUUGCCUUUUUAGGAACAAGCAAGCAGAGGAUGAACUACUUGGUGCAAUGUUUGUAAAGAAUAAGUAAUGAACGAAUAAAUAUAUUUGUUUUGA